CCUAGAUCAAUAUCUAAGAGACGCCAUUAAAUUGCUCUAAAAUGUGUCCUUGAGUCGGACAAAUUUCAGAUAAAGGUUAUAAACAGAUUGAAUCAUCUUACACGGCAUUGUUUCAAGAACUGCAAAGGAAUGGUUAUGUAAAAGACAGAUUAGUCAUGGCGGUCCCUGGUAAGAAAGCUACACAUAACUUAUCGUCAACCCUGUCUCGAGGUUCUGGAGAGGAUUUUGAACUUUUUUGUCAGCCCUGUGACAGAGAUGACCUCAGACUACCUGCUGUUGGUUACUGUGUAGAUUGUGAAGAGCACCUGUGUGACUUAUGCGUUAACACCCACAGGAGACCAAAACCACUACGCCAUCAUAAACUUCUAGAUAAAUCCCACAUGCCACACACUCAGAAUUAUUCUACAAUAUCUAAUUCUACUCAUGUUGGACAGUCCGACAAUCUUACAGAUCCUUGCACCAAACACAAUAAAGAAGUUAUUAAAUUCUUCUGCAAUGACCAUAAAGCACUACUAUGCAGUGUAUGUGUGACACUUGAACAUACUCCUAUAUCCUGCCAUGUUGACUAUAUACCCGAUAUAUCAGGACAGGCCAUAGACAGCACUGAAUUCAUAGACACCCUUAAAGAGCUAGGCAAAAUAAGUAAAAGAUGUCAGAAAAUAUUAGCAGAUCUAAAGCAAAUGGUUGCAAAAUCAAAUACAUCUUUUACAGACAUUCUUGCAGAAAUAACAAAGUUCAGACAGGAGAUUAACCAAAGAUUAGAUGGGCUUGAGAAGGAAGCUAAAGAUGCAGCAAAAACUUUACAGCAAGAGAAUGACACAAAGUUGAGGACCACAAAAACAACAUGUGAUUAUGCCAUUCGGUCUCUAAAAGCGACAUCUGAUAUGAUAAAACACCUCAACACAACAAAGAAAGUAGACAGACUUUUCAUUGAGCUUAAAACUGCUAAGCAAGUGAUCCAAGAUAAUGAAAAGAGAAUGUCACAACUGUCAAACGCUGAAGAUAUUAAAGAAUACAUGUUUGAACCAAGUCCAGUCAUUGAAACGCUUCUUCAAAAUGAGAUAUCACUAGGUAAAUUAACACCUAAACUGCUGAAACAGCCAAGUCUGCCUUCAACCACUACUCUAAAAUUCAGCACAAUUUCUCCUCCUAGAAAAAUCUGCAUUGAGACUUCAUCAGAUGAACAUGAUUGUUCAAUAACUGGUAUCACUACCUCUUAUCUAAACCAAAUAUUCCUUGCAGAUUACGACAAUUACUUAGUUAAAAUGGUAGAUACCAAUAGUCAAUCCAUUCAACAACUGAGACUAGAUUCAAGGCCCCGUGAUGUCACAACAACCACCAGGGAUGAAUUUGCUGUUACAAUGCCACUUAUGAAUAGAAUACAGUUUCUAUCUUUCUCAUUAAACAGACUCUCUAAGAAAAACAUACUGAAAGUAGAUGGAAACUGUUAUGGUAUAAGUUACUAUCAGGGAAAACUUGCUGUAUAAUUUCAAAGUCCAGGUAAACUUAAAAUCAUGGACUUGAAAGGCACUGUAAUAGUAACUGUUUCAAAAAACUCACAUGGUAAAAAUAUUUUCAUUUCACCAGAAUAUGUCGCCACCAACAGCCACUCCGUCUAUGUAUCUGACCAUGGAAAGCAUGAAGUUAUAUGGUUGAGCUGGAAAGGCGAACUACUAGGUAGUUACGGAAGGUUGGGAGAUCCACAAGGACUUGCUACGCUGACUGAUGGAUCAUUUUUUGUUAGUGAUUUGGGAGCUGACAAACGUAACAUACUAAACGUAACUGGUGACUGUUCUGGAAGUAAACUUGUACUGAAGGACUUAAAUAAUCCUCAAGCAAUUUGCUGGUGUGAUGCAAGCAAAACUCUCUACAGCUCCAGCAGUAGUUUUGGAGGUGAAAGAAACUUUAUUCAGAAGUACAAAAUGUCAUAAGAUACAAAAGUAGAACUGAUUUUCUAUUGUCUCCCAGAAAACACAUCAAACCAUUGUUAAAUGUUAUAAGGAAACGUGAGACUACACUAAUAUUGAACAAGAAACAUAGUCAAGUGAGAUACAGUGAUGUCUUCUAACUUUGCGAAUACUAUUUUAGGUAGAAUCUCCAAUGUAUUAUCCAUACAGAAUAUAGGACACAUACAAAAAGCUAACAGAUUUAGUUAAUAAAAACAUUUUCAAAUUUAUGGAUGUUUAAAAAACAAAAUAUAUUGAAAAAGGUAUUCAACAAAACAGAUAUCUAAGUUUAGAACCUGACCUAGUGAACCUUUUGAACUAAGAUGAUACAGUUUCAAGGGUCUUAUCAGGUUUCAUAUAAAGUGGUUUCUGGGGUAUUAAGGAGGAUUUUCUAUGAUUUAACCUAGUGAUCUUGUUUUUGGCCUAAGAUUAUCUAGUUUCAAAAUUGAUCUACAUUUCAUAAAGACAAAUAUAUUUGUGUAUUCUAACCAUAUUUUGCACAAAUCAGGUAGAAAACAUAACUUUGAGAGUAUGUAUAUUCAUAUAAUUUGAACUACUGGUUUUUAACUACAAAUAAUUAAGUUUUAAACUGGACUAUAUUUCAUAAAAUUAAAAAUUAUGACCAGGUCUCGUAUAAACAUUCUGACCAUUGCUUAAUAUUCAUUUGCCUUCUAAUGGUAUUGUAUGUCCUUUAUUAAUUAAUUUACUUAUUAUCAUGGUGAUAUUUAUUGCUACGAGAAUUGUUCAAAUAUGAAUGCAUCUAAGCACAUAAAAAUGUAUCCUUGAUAGAUUUCAAUGAAAAUUUUAUUUGGUCCCCUCGAAGUAUUCACCUCCAACAGAUAUGCAAAGUUUCAGUCUUCUAAUUCAAUCCUUGAAGGCAUUUUCAUAGUCGUUUCUAGGUAUACUAUAAAGACACUGUAAUAUUUCAGAACCGAGGUGUUUGCGCUGCACAAAAUUUCGACCGGAAAGGUACUAUUUGAGCCUUGGGAACAAAAAGAAGUCACACGGGGCAAGGUCAGGCGAAUAAGGAGGUUGAGGGAGUACAACAACCUUUUCCUGCUUCAGAAAGUCUUGUACAAUAGACGCCUUGUGCGAUGACGCAUUGUCAUGAAGCAAUCUGACAUUGGCCAAACCAGUUGCAGGUCUUCGAUUUUUGAAAUAUUUCUUCAGUAUUCGAAGAACUUUAGUCUUGUAAAACUUCGAAUUUACGGAUUUGCUUUUAGGUACAGCAACCUGAAUGUCAGGACCCUGAGUUGUGAAGAAUAUGGCAUACAUUACCUUCUUGACACUCAUGGUCCGCUUUGCAAUGCAUGGUCUUUUGCCAGACUUUGUUGCCCAUAUUUUGUUCUGAAUCUUUCGUUUGGGCUCAAAAAGGUGAACCCAUGUCUCGUCACCAGUGACGACAUUUGCGACAGACCGUGCAUUGUAAUUUGGAAACUGUUUAAGCAACAAUUUUGCGCAUUACACGCGUGCCUUUUUCUGCUCAUCUGUCAACAGAUGGGGAAUCCAUCUAGCACAGAUCUUUCUCAUUUUCAAAUUACGUUUCAGAAUUGUAUGAGUUGCUCCUAAUAAGAUGCCAACCAUACUAGCUAUUUGCCUAGCGGUGUAUCUUGCAUCAGUAGCAACUAUUUCUUUCACUCUUGCAACCAUCUUGGCAGACGCUGCUGUUUUCGGCCGACGGCCAUGUGGUGCAUCUUCUAUUGAAACUAACACACAUUUGAAUUUCUUAAACCAACGAAUAACUGUCGAAAAAGACAUUUCAUUAUGCACAUAAACAGAACAUAUUUCAUCAAAAAAUGUAUUUACACCCUAUGCAAGGAAUACAACGAUUCUUAAUAUAGGACCGUAUUUCAACGGCGUACGCUGAUCUUCCUGCAACCAUUUUUGUAUUAAUAUACAUGAGUAGGCAAUGUUUAGCGAGCGAUAGACACAGUUAAGUGAACGGAUUUUAAUGGGUGUGGUAUCGAUGUAAAGCCAACAUGUUUAUCUACCCAAUAAUUAUAAUUUCCUUGUGAUUUUCGCAUUAUUGAGCGAGAUAACGUUCUAGAUGCAUUCAUAUUUAAACAAUCCUCGUAUUAGGUAAACCAAAACUAUUUAGAUACAUUAUUGACCAGAAAACAACCUCACCUGUUCUAACGUUUUCCGAAAAUCAAAACCUGAAGUAGAAAUUUAUUAUUCAAAGUGACGAACAUUUAUUUGUUGUUUAUACCAAGCAAGUUCCACUUCAGUGGUAUUUAAAUAACCUUUAUUCUGCAUAUAUAUACAUGUUUUUUAAAUCAAAAUGCAUGUAUAGUUCUAUUUUGCGUAUAUACAAAAUAUAUAGGCAAGAAAACAGUGAAAAUGAAUGUGUUGUGUCUGGAGCUUUUUAUCAUGAUUCGUUUUUCAAAGAUCUGGAAUAAAUUAUGUUGUAGAAUGGACCAAUAUAAUUUCUACAAUUUUUCCCUGUUUGGUAAGGUUAUCUUGCAUAAUAAACAUGCAGCUGUGA